AUGGUUGUAAAAGCUAUUGCGCGAAAUUCCAUAGGUCGUAAUGGAGUUGGAGCAUUUGUGUUCCCAUGCAGGAAGAUUACUUUGCAAUACUGUAAUUGGGGAGGAUCUUCGGAAGGCAUGAGGAAGUUUUUGAACUCAAAGAGGCUAAAUAAAUGGGGCCAGGAGUUCCCAUGGAUACAGUUCGAAGUGUUGAGGAAGUCUGGACACCCCUUAUUGAGGGCAGAAUAUACAAAUGGACGCGAAAAAGUUGUUUGUGUGAGAAACCUGAACAUUGAUAAUGUGGAAAACAAGCUAAAGUUAUUGAAAGAUUCUGACGGGGACAUUUUGCGCAGAAGAACAAAGAAUGACAACGUGGAGAGCUUGAACAGUAGUGUGAGAGGCAUAUGGUCCCCUCUGCAUGCUGCAAAAAGGCAUAGAAUUUAG